AUGGCUCGUUUUGUUUUUCAAAUGUUGGCUAUACAAUUAAUUCUAGUUGCAACAUCGUUUGCCAUUUUUGGUGGAAGCUCAAAACUUAAAGACGGUACUAAAUAUCAGCUUCAACAAAAGGUUCUUACACUUGGUACAUCAUAUACAAUCAAAGAUAAUCGUGAUCAACCAGUUUAUAAAGUGGGAUUUAAACAAUUAGGAUUAGGUAAACAUCUUCAAAUUACUGAUCCUAGUGGUACAAAUGAGUAUUAUUCAAUCAAACACAUCGUCAAUCCACUUGGUUUAGCAAAAUAUGAAAUUCGUCAAAAUAAUCAAGUGGUAGCUGAAGUUAAUCGUAAAUUUAAUUUUCUUGGUGGUAAAAAAUUUUCAGUUAAUUCCAAAUUUGGUACAUAUAGAAUUGAAGGCAAUUUUCGUUCACGUGAAUUUAAAAUUAAAAAAGAUCACCACCUUGUUGCUACUAUUUCAAAGAAAUUCUUUGCAAUUGGCGAUAAAUAUGGUGUUAAAGUUGAAAAAAACCAAGAUGUACCAUUUAUUUUAAGUUUAGCUAUUGUUAUCGAUGAAGUAGCUCACGAUUAA